AUUUGAAAUCAAUUCCGUCUACCAAAACAUCUACCAAUCAAAUUCCCAGUAUCUGCUCAGAUUCUUUCUCGACCUUGACCUUUUUUUCCGGAGUCGGUAAUUCACUUGGAACUGUGAUUUUAGAAAAUAGUAGGAUUCUAAAGUUUCGACAAAGAUGGCAGAACCCAUCAAAGUUUUGGUAACUGGUGCUGCUGGUCAAAUAGCAUAUUCCUUACUUUACUCUAUAGCCAAAGGAGAUGUUUUUGGACCAAAACAGCCCAUUUCUUUGGUUUUAUUGGAUAUUCAACCAAUGAUGGAAGUUUUAAAUGGUGUAGUUAUGGAAUUACAGGAUUGUGCACUACCCCUUUUAUCAGAUGUGAUACCAACUGCAGAUGAAGCUUUGGCAUUUAAAGACAUUGAUGUUGCUAUAUUAGUUGGAGCAAUGCCUCGACGAGAAGGAAUGGAAAGAAAAGAUUUACUUGCAGCCAAUGUUAAAAUUUUCAAAUCACAGGGAAUAGCCCUUAAUACUUACGCCAAGAAGACAGUUAAAGUAGUAGUUGUAGGAAACCCAGCUAAUACCAAUGCACUGAUUGCUUCUAGGUGUGCACCAACUAUCCCAGUAGAGAACUUCUCAUGUCUUACACGACUGGAUCAAAACAGAGCUCAAGCACAGGUUGCAGCAAAAUUAGGAAUAUCUAGUGAAAGUGUGGAGAGAGCCAUCAUCUGGGGAAAUCACUCUUCUACACAAUUUCCUGAUCUUGCUCAUGCUACAGUUACAGUUAACGGAAAGAAAUCCAGUGCUUUGGAAGCCAUUAAAGACGAUAAUUGGGUUCAAAAUGACUUUAUUAAGACUGUGCAGUCACGCGGUGGUGCUGUUAUUAAAGCUCGUAAAUUGUCUAGUGCAAUGUCAGCAGCUAAAGCCAUCUGUGAUCAUAUGCGUGAUUGGUGGUUUGGGACUGGUGAUCGAUGUGUAUCUAUGGGUGUGCUUUCAACUGGCAAUCCCUAUGGUAUUGCUGAAGGUAUUAUGUACAGUUUUCCAUUGACUAUUGGUACUGAUAGAAGCUACAAGAUUGUAUCUGGUUUGAACAUCACUGACUUUGCUAGAGAAAAAAUGGAUUUGACACAAAAUGAGCUGAUUGAAGAGCGCGAUAUGGCUGUAUCUAUUUGUGAUGGAUGACUAUUCCCCCGAUUAUAAAUUAGUAGCAUUGAUUGUUACAACAGUCAAUACAUUACUGGUGUCUCCAGUUUAAUAUUAUACAAAUUUCUAGGUACAAAUUGGAGUGGUUUUAGAACAAUAUCAUGAAAUAAUAUUGAUAAUGAUUCCUAAAAAUA